AGUCACCUUCUCUUUGCUAGGACUGGGCAUCUUCUUUUCCAAGCCCUUAUACGACCUGUUCCUUCGACCGCGAGAACCGGAAGACUUUUCUGAACCCCCUACUACUUUGAAAAGGCUUUAGAUCUAGGUAGCAUGGAAGCAGUGUCUAAAGCAAGGGAAAGACUCGCUAAAUACCCGCUAAUUUUUGCGAAGUGCAGUAAGCAAAGCGCCUUAUAUGCCCGCUGUGUUUUACAACUCGAAGAUCAAGUGAAAAAAGACAGUUGCGCUAAAGAGUUUCAGGAGUUCAAGGCUUGUCUUCAAUCCGCUGCUAAAGAUUUGAAGACAAGGAUCUAA